CGAGGUGACCGGUACUGCCAUUCUGGUGGCUUAACUCUUCCGGCUGAACAAUUCCUUUGCCUCAUCGAACCAAGCAGGUUUCGUGCAUAUAAACAUCCGCACGCGGCGCUAGCUUGUGAGCAGAGACGGGCGGUGCAACUGUACCGUGCAUAUAUCCUUAAUUGGUUGUUUCGUCUCACGCCUCUCGCCGGUUUCCUUCUUCUUCGCGGGCGGGCUCCAUCGUCUUAGCUUCAGGAACCGGAGAUAGGUAGCAACAGAAGCAGCCGGUGGAGGCCAGCUUGACGAUCGACGAGAGCAUGGGUGCCGCGUUCCUGGCGUCCUGGCCAUGGGAGAACCUUGGCAUGUUCAAGUACGCGCUGUACGGGCCUCUGGUGGGCAGGGCGGUGGCAUCGCGGGCGUGGGAGCGCGGCAGCCCCGACCACUGGCUGUUCCUCCUGCUGGCCCUCUUCACCCUCCGCGCCCUCACCUACCAGCUGUGGAGCUCCUACAGCAACAUGCUCUUCCUCACCCGCCGCCGCCGCAUCGUCCGCGACGGCGUCGACUUCGAGCAGAUCGACAAGGAGUGGGAUUGGGACAACUUCCUGAUCCUGCACAUCCUAAUUGCCUCCGCGGCCUUCUACGCCAUCCCGUCGCUGCGGCACCUCCCGGCAUGGGAACCCAGGGGCCUGCUCGUCGCCGCCAUCCUCCACGUGGUGCUCACCGAGCCCCUCUACUACUUGUCGCACCGCGCCUUCCACGGCGGCCGCCUCUUCGCGCGCUACCACGCGCUCCACCACUCCUCGAGGGUGCCCACGCCGUUCACGGCCGGAUUCGCCACGCCGCUCGAGCACCUCGUCCUGGGCGCGCUCGUCGUGCUGCCGCUCGCCGGCGCAUGCGCCGCGGGCGUCGGAUCGGCGGGGCUGGCCUUCGUCUACGUGUUCGCCUUCGACUUCCUCAGGGCCAUGGGCAGCUGCAACGUGGAGCUCUUUCCCGCCGGCCUCUUCCGGGCGGCGCCGUUUCUCCGAUACAUAAUCUACACCCCGACGUACCACACCAUCCACCACACGGGGAAGGCAUCCAACUUCUGCCUCUUCAUGCCGCUCUUCGACCGCCUCGGCGGCACGCUCGACGCCGCGUCAUGGGAGCUGCAGGAGAAGAACCGAGCAGGUGUGGACGAGGUGCCGGACUUCGUGUUCCUGGCGCAUGUGGUGGACGUGAUGCAGUCCAUGCACGUCCCCUUCGUCAUGCGAUCCUUCGCCUCCACGCCAUUCGCCGUGCGGGCCUUCCUCCUGCCGUGCUGGCCCAUCUCGCUCCUCUUCAUGUUCAUGGUCUGGGCCUGGUCCAAGACAUUCGUCAUCUGCUACUACCAUCUCCGCGGCAAGCUCCACCAGACAUGGGCCGUCCCAAGAUACGGGUUCCACUACUUCCUGCCUUUCGCCAAGGACGGCAUCAACGACCAGAUCGAGCUCGCCAUUCUCAGAGCCGACAAAAUGGGCGUCAAGGUCGUCAGCCUCGCGGCCCUUAACAAGAACGAGGCGCUCAACGGCGGCGGCACCCUGUUCGUCAACAAGCACCCGGACCUCCGCGUGCGCGUCGUCCACGGCAACACCCUCACGGCCGCGGUCAUCCUCAACGAGAUCCCCAAGGGCACCACCGAGGUCUUCAUGACCGGCGCCACCUCCAAGCUCGGCAGGGCCAUCGCGCUCUACCUAUGCAAGAAGAGGAUUCGCGUCAUGAUGAUGACGCUGUCGACGGAGCGAUUCCAGAAGAUCCAGAAGGAGGCGCCGGAGGAGUGCCAGCAGUACCUGGUGCAGGUGACCAAGUUCCGAUCGGCGACGCAGUGCAAGACGUGGAUCGUCGGCAAGUGGCUCUCGCCGCGGGAGCAGCGGUGGGCACCGUCGGGCACGCACUUCCACCAGUUCGUGGUGCCCCCCAUCAUGGAGUUCCGCCGGGACUGCACCUACGGCAAGCUCGCCGCGAUGCGCCUCCCCAAGGACGCGAGGGGCCUCGGGUCGUGCGAGUUCUCGCUGGAGCGCGGGGUGGUGCACGCUUGCCACGCCGGCGGUGUCGUGCACUUCCUCGAGGGGUACAAGCACCACGAGGUGGGCGCCAUCGAUGUCGACCGCAUCGACGUGGUCUGGGAGGCCGCGCUCAAGCACGGCAUCCGGCCCGCCUGAUCAGCCGUGCAUAUGUCCACCCACGGCACAAACCGGGCCGACACCCAAGCUCUUUUUUUUUCUUGGCAUAUACUAUAGUCUACAGAUCGUGUUGACGUGGUGGUGGUGGUAUUGUUUCCAUUUGUACACACAUACAGGACUGCACAAUAUACAAAAUGCAAGUACACAUUAAUUA